GCCGCGAUGCACCGGAUCGGAAACGGAUAGGCCAAACAGAUUGAUUUGUAUGUAGAUAAAAAAUAUCCAAAAGUUCAAGCACACUCACCGUGCGAGCUCCAAUGGCGUCCUCCGCCCAAUUCUCGGCCGUUGCUUCCCGCCAUUUCCCUCGCUCUUCCUCCUCUAUUCGAAUCCCAAAAAUGCCCCUCGCAAGCUCGACAAUACCCAGGAGCUCCUCUUGCCGGAGUUUCUCCCUCUCAGCUGGAAACUCGUCCGCCAGAGAGUUAUGGGGAGUGAUCAAUUCGAAGAGCAGUAUAGUUCAAAGAAGGGAAAUGCGAGGCGUUGUAAGGGCGGAGAUGUUUGGGCAGCUGACCAGUGGACUCGAAGCAGCUUGGAGCAAGCUUAAAGGAGAAGAGGUUUUGACCAAGGAAAACAUUGUGGAACCCAUGAGAGACAUCAGGCGAGCUCUUCUAGAAGCAGAUGUUAGCUUGCCUGUUGUUAGAAGAUUUGUUCAGGCCGUAAGUGAUCAAGCGGUUGGCACUGGGUUGAUUCGAGGAGUGAAACCAGAUCAACAAUUAGUAAAGAUUGUGCAUGAUGAGCUAGUAAAACUAAUGGGAGGAGAAGUUUCUGAGCUCGUUUAUGCAAAAUCCAACCCGACUGUCAUUUUAUUGGCUGGGUUGCAAGGUGUUGGAAAGACAACCGUCAGUGCAAAGCUAGCUCUAUAUCUUAAAAAACAGGGGAAGAGUUGCAUGCUAGUUGCUGGGGAUGUCUACAGACCUGCUGCAAUUGACCAGUUGGUUAUUUUAGGUGACCAGGUUGGCGUGCCUGUUUACACAGCAGGAACUGAGGUUAAACCUGCAGAUAUUGCAAAGCAGGGGUUGCAAGAGGCAAAGAAAAAGAAUGUUGAUGUAGUCAUAAUGGAUACCGCAGGAAGACUUCAGAUAGAUAAAGCAAUGAUGGAUGAACUGAAAGACGUCAAAAGAGUAUUAAAUCCCACAGAAGUUUUGCUUGUUGUGGAUGCAAUGACCGGCCAAGAAGCUGCUGCGUUGGUCACAACGUUCAAUGUUGAGAUUGGAAUUACUGGUGCCAUUUUAACAAAACUUGAUGGAGAUUCUAGAGGUGGUGCAGCAUUGAGUGUUAAAGAGGUGUCAGGGAAGCCAAUCAAGCUCGUGGGAAGAGGAGAGCGUAUGGAAGACCUUGAACCUUUCUAUCCAGACCGCAUGGCUGGACGUAUCUUAGGAAUGGGUGAUGUUUUGUCAUUUGUUGAGAAAGCUCAAGAAGUUAUGCGUCAAGAAGAUGCCGAAGAAUUGCAGAAAAAGAUCAUGAGUGCAAAAUUCGAUUUCAAUGACUUCUUGAAGCAAACACGUGCAGUGGCGCGGAUGGGCUCAAUGUCUCGUGUUAUUGGAAUGAUUCCAGGAAUGGGGAAGGUAACACCAGCACAAAUUCGGGAGGCAGAAAAGAGUUUGAAACUGAUGGAGUCUAUGAUUGAAGUAAUGACGCCAGAGGAAAGGGAAAAACCAGAAUUGUUGGCAGAAUCGCCUGAGAGGAGAAAACGAGUUGCUAAAGAUUCCGGGAAAACCGAGCAGCAGGUGGGUCAACUUGUUGCUCAGCUUUUCCAAAUGCGCGUGCGCAUGAAGAACCUGAUGGGUAUUAUGGAAGGCGGAUCACUUCCUGCUCUGAGCAAUCUUGAGGAGGCCAUCAAGGCAGAACAGAAGGCUCCACCUGGAACAGCAAGGAGAAAGAGAAAAGCACCAUCAAGAAGGCAAUUUGUAGACUCGACUUCUAGGCCUGCUCCUCGUGGAUUUGGGGCCAAGGAUUAAACUGAACGUCCUUUUCAAAUUCCGCAAACUAUCCGCACAAUUCACUACUUUUAAUUGGGUUGCACUCAUUUCAGGAGCUCGACAAAACUCUGCAUCACGAUGAAAUUGUUGUACCUUUGUUUCCUUUCCUUUUCUCGGUAAACGAGAAUGCUCUCAGUAGCUUGUGUUAGUUCAAUCAUCUCAAUCAUGUAUGUAUACGGUCAUUCCUAACAGCCUUGUAUUAUCAAUGUGAUUAAGCUAAUUUGCCCUCGAUCACUUCUUGAAACGAAUCUAAAUGGCAAAGGCUGUACGAGAAUCGAUAAAUCGAUUUUCUGUACAAAAUUUCCAAGACUAAAGUGUCAUUAUUGGUGGUUAUGCAAACUUGCCUUGGUUUAUCCUCCCCCAAAGUACUAACUGGGACAUUAUUUGAUACUAUAAGAUUCUUUUUUUUUUUUUUUUANAAAUUGAUGUCUUGUGAACAUGUUUCUGUACAUAAGAGAAAGGAAAGACUAGUUAAUUUAUA